GCUCUUUCAUUUUAUAUUAUUGAAUCAUAAACCUUUAAGCGGAUUGAGAAUGUGCUCUCAAAGAAAUUCUUUAUGAUGAAGCAAGGCGCGCUUUACUUUUGUUUGAUUUUGAAAAUUGCCACAAUUCUAAUUUCGAUCCACGGUCAACGGCAAUACAGAGUAAAUAUCCCCUCAAACCAGCUUAUUGGGGGAGAUAGUGUUAGAGCCAUUUUCACGGUUCAACGAAGAAUUCGUGCUCAAAUUGUUACUUGUUGUGGCCACAGGAAAUGCACGAUACAAAGGACCAAAGGAGUUACAAAUUCGUCGAUCACAAUUAAAACCAUCUCAACACCACCACCAAAUGACGAAUAUACGAUUACAGAUUCUGAAAGUGAUGUUUCAAUAUCAGCAGUUUCUACUGAAGAAGCAACGCAAGAAACAAUUUCAGAAUAUAGUAGCAGCACAGGAUCUAAUGAAGUUUCCUCGGACGCGCAGCAAGAAAACACGUCCACCGACUCCACCGAAGAAACUUCAACAACCUCUUUGCCAGCAGAAGAAACAAAGCCACUAGUUGUUACUUCAUCAGUUCAGACUGAAAUAAUUACAACGGCUGCCAUCACUGAAAAAGUAGAGACAACUUCAACGAACCAAGGAACUUCACUGGGCCCGGACAUGGGUGUUCAGACAUCUGCCGUUACUACCGACACUACUCAAUCACAAAGUAACGCUCCUGGUGCUCCUCUAGAUAAUUCACCUUCACCGCUGACCAGCACUUCCAUAACGACAUCUACAAGCCCCAUUAAUACUGGAAGUGCAUCUGCAAGCACCACUAGUACUCUUACUCCUAGCACCACCAAAAAACCUACCACGACAACAAUCCCGUGUAAAAAACCAUCCUGCGAUCCUUCCGUUUUCGCAAGAAGAAGAAGACGAAAACGAGCAGUUGUUCCACCAAAACCGUCUGAUGGCACCUUUUCUAGAGCUUGCAACAAAACAUUUUUCUUCGGGUCCAAUCCAGUGUCGUGGAGUGACUCUUACGCAGAGUGCCAGAAGUUUGGAAUGGUUUCGAUGGGGAUAGGCAGCCCGGACAAACAAAAAUGCGCCACAGAAGCUGCGAGUUCCGACAGCAAAACUGCAAACCAAACAUAUUGGACGAGUGGGCACAAGAAGAAUGCGACUUGCCCCAAAACAUAUGCCAUGUGCGACGUGGACAAGAUCAUUGGCCCGGACGUAUCAGACAUUCUUUCGUGGGUGUCACUCCUUGGCGAGGAUCCUGACAAGGAUUUUUGUCUGUCAAUGGCAAUUAUGGCUGGCGCCCCAAGCGGAUUGUCGAAUGCUUUUUGCAACAAAAAGCUGAACAUCAUGUGUGAACCAAAGUGCACAAAGCCAACAUGUCCGAAAACUUGUCAAAAGAACGCAUCACUUUUUGACGCAAAAGGGCAGCUUAUAAAUUCGUCUCAUUAUGGAUUAUUGUUAACCAGUUCUUACAAGAAUACUACAUACCUAUUUUCUUCCUCAACCGCAACAUGGCAGGAAGCAUGGGAUUUUUGUUGCAAGAUUGGUAUGAAAUUGGCCUCAAUAGAGAGUGUGGCGGAAAAUAAUGCGCUUGGUGCUUUGGUGAAAGGAAGAAGCAACAUGAAGUAUCAUUGGAUAUCUUUGACGCAGGUCGAUUGCGUUGGAACGUGGUACUUUUGCUCAACAAACACCUUUGUAGAGAAGGGAAUGGUAGUCUGGGGUACCAGUCAGCCGGACAAUUAUAAAGGGGUCGAAAAUCAUGUUGUUGUUGUAUUAAACACUACCUUAGGCUCAGCAAAGUUAAAUGACCAAAAUCUUAACAAUAAGUAUCCAUUCCUUUGCAAAUAAUGAUUCAACGUCAUAAGAUGCAAUUAAAUUUUUUCGUGCAAAAAUGUGCAAGUCUCGCGAUGUAAAAUUUCCAAAUUUGAUCAAUUUUCAAAACAAAAU